CCCGGCCCCGGCCCGGCCCGAGCCCUCGGCCCGGCCUGCGCGGCCGCCCCGGGGACGAUGAACGGAGGAUAAAUGGUGCCCAAGGCGGACAGCGGCGCGUUCCUGCUGCUCUUCCUGCUGGUGCUCACGGUCACCGAGCCGCUGCGGCCAGAGCUGCGGUGCAGCCCCGGGCAGUUUGCCUGCCGCAGCGGCACCAUCCAGUGCAUCCCCCUGCCCUGGCGGUGCGACGGCCUGGCGACCUGUGAGGACGGGAGCGACGAGGCCGCCUGUCCAGAAGUGAGCGGGCAGGCCCGUCCCUACCAUGGGAAGGAGGCUGCGGACCCGAGGCCGGGCCGGGCACGUGGCGGCGACCCCUCGCACCCACACGCAAUGAGUGUGGCACAGCCCGUGCGCUUCAGCAGGAAGUGCCCCGCGGGCUGGCACCACUACGAGGGGACAGCCAGCUGCUAUCGCGCCUACCUGAGCGGGCAGAGCUACUGGGACGCCGCACAGACCUGCCAGCGCCUGAACGGCUCCCUGGCCACCUUCUCCACCGACCAGGAGCUGCGCUUCGUGCUGGCCCAGGAGUGGGAGCAGCCGGAGCGGAGCUUCACCUGGCAGGACCAGCACAAGCUGUGGGUCGGCUACCAGUACGUCGUCACCGGCCGCAACCGCUCCUUAGAAGGACACUGGGAGGUGGCGUCCAAAGGCUCCUCGGAGGUGCUGCUGCCCCCGGACCCCAUCUUGGCGGCAGCCACGGCGGAGGGUGAUGGCGUGUUCUGCGCGCAGCUGCAGUGCUUCCACUUCCCCACACUGCGCCACCACGACCUGCACAGCUGGCGCGCCGAGAGCUGCCAGGACAAGUCGUCCUUCUUGUGCAAGAGGAGUCAGACGUGUGUGGACAUCAAGGACAACGUGGUGGACGAAGGCUUCUACUUCACCCCCAAAGGGGACGACCCGUGCCUGAGCUGCACCUGCCAUGGCGGGGAGCCCGAGAUGUGCGUGGCCGCGCUGUGCGAGCGGCCACAGGGCUGCCAGCAGUACCGCAAGGACCCCACUGAGUGCUGCAAGUUUGUGUGCCUGGACCCAGAUGGCGGCAGCCUGCUGGACUCCAUGGCCAGCGGGAUGCGCCUCGUCGUCAGCUGCGUGUCGUCCUUCCUCGUCCUCUCGUUGCUGCUCUUCAUGGUCCACCGGCUGCGCCAGAGGCGCCGCGAGCGCAUCGAGUCCCUGAUCGGGGCGAACCUGCACCACUUCAACCUCGGCCGCAGGAUCCCCGGCUUUGAUUACGGCCCCGACGGCUUUGGCACGGGCCUCACGCCCCUGCACCUUUCCGACGACGGGGAAGGUGGGACUUUCCACUUCCACGAUCCCCCUCCGCCCUACACCGCAUACAAGUACCCCGACAUCGACCAGCCCGAUGACCCGCCGCCACCCUACGAGGCCUCCAUCAACCCGGACAGCGUGUUCUACGACCCCGCAGAUGAUGACGCCUUUGAGCCGGCGGAAGCCGCCCCUCCCACCGCUGGAGACGGCAGCGGGGAGGGCACGGUGCCCCGGGGCCCGGAGCGCACCCCCGGGGCCCCUCUGGCCGACCUGGAAGACUCGGCCGACAGCAGCAGCGCCCUCCUGGCGCCGCCUGAGCCCGGCCCAGGUGGGGGCGCCCCCACCCCAGAGGCGCUGCCGGGGUGCAGCCGGCACAGCCGAGGUUCCCUCAACACCGUGGUGUAGAGGACAGCCUGCCGCCCCGACGAGCCGGGCACUUGUCCGCCCUAAGAAAGACACUGGUGCCCGUGGGCAGCGUGAGGACCUGAGGCAGACUGGACCUGGGCCAGGCACACAUGUGGUCCCCAGGGAGCACCCCCACCACCACACACACCCCCGCGCCCCCGGAUCUCCGUGAGGGCUCAGACACGCGCAGCUUCUGGUUCCUGUGUCUUUUUAAACGGCGGACGGCGGGUAGAGUUCACAGAGGAGGCGCGCGGGCUGCCGUGGGGAGGGUCACCCCGGCUCUGCUGGGCUUGACUUGCCCCAGCCUGCGCACACCUGAUCUGAGGAUGGUCGACAGCCUGGGCGGGUGCCUCGGAGGCUGCUCUGGGGCCGCCCCCAGCUGCUUUGUCACACGGUGGGCCUGGCUGGGGGCUCUUCUGCCGAGGCCCUGAGGUGGGGCUGCCCGCUCUGUGCCAUCUCCCCCCCUGGGCUCCGUGGAGCCCGAUGCCCACCCCGAGGCUCCCCCAGCGCCUGCAUGGCGCCCCCACCGCCCUGGAGCCAGGCUGAGGCUUCUAGCCUGCCCAGGUGUCCUGCCCUGGGCCUUGGCGCCGCUGGAACCUGGGUGCCCCUGCUCCUGACCCGGGCCCACCCCACCUUGUUUGUGCCAUAAAGGGUCGUGUCCCUGGGGGGAGGGGCUGAAGCUCACAUCCUGGGCUGUCCACCUGAAAGCCGGAUGUCUGCCCAGCGCUGCCACCCUCAGAACCCAGUGGCUGCAUGCCGUGCCCAGCAGCAGGGUGCUGGGUGCCCUGCCCCGGGAGCCUGGACUGAGGGCCCCUGUGGCCUGCUUCUGGGCAGGGGCCUUGUCUCCUGGCGCAGGCCUUCAGUGUUUCCGAGGUUUGGAGAUUGAGCGGGCUCUGUGCGGUUUUCAGCACGCCCGUGUCUUUUCUACGUUGAGUGUCUGGGUUUUUCCUUUUCUGUGUCCAUGUGUUUGCAGGCAGUGGCCAGCCACGGGGACUCGCCUGGGCUCCUCGCAGCCUCGGCGGGCCAGCAGCAAGGAGGGGGUGAGGAGAGGGUGGUGCCAGGCCGGGCCAGCAGCAGGGAGGGGGUGAGGAGAGGGUGGUGCCGUGCCAGCAGUCUCCCGUGGAGACCGUUUUCUUUGUCCCGGGUGGCAUGAGAUGCCUAUGUUGCCCACAGAGCGGGGCUCGGCCCACAGGAGCCAGUGCUGGAGGCUGCGCCGCGCAGGGGGCGGUGUGCCCUGCAGGCCUGCACCCCUGCAGAGGGCCCGACCUGCUGAAGAGGGAGCAGAAGGUGCAUCCUGCCGCCGCUGUGUGCUGGGCACAGCGGUCACUACAGGCCCAGCUGGUGCAGGUGAGGGUCGUGAGCACUCUUGCUUUGAGGUGGGCACCCCAAGGGGCCUGGUCCAGGCCUCAGACUCCUGCGCACAGGACACGUGGGGACCGAAGGGUGCCGGGCCAGUCAGGCGGGUGAGGGUGUCCUGGGGCAGCCGCGGGGGCCACGGUCAGACAAGUCCUGGCCCGCCCUGCUUGAGGGUCCUGUGUGCUGGGGGGCUCCCAGCUGCCUGUCCCUGGUGAGUGUCCAUACCCCACCCUCUCGAGGCCCGUCCCCAUUUCGUCUCACUGAGGGUUCCUAGUUUGGGUUUUUUUUUGGUUGGGUUGCCACUAAUUCUUUUCUUAAGAUGCUGUGAGAACCAUUUCAUCCAAAUGCCAAAUAAACCUGCG